AACAGGAAACUCUGUUUCAUAAAUCACUUGAGGUCAAUGUACGGUUCGUCGUUAACACUCCAGCCGCUGACCAAUCUAAAGUCUUCCUUCAGUUCAUCUUGGAACAAAGCGCAAAGAUGGAAAUUAUUUGUCCGAUGAAUCUGUCAGGGGACCAGGUGACACCAAGGGCAAAAGGAACUCAAAAGCCUAUCGACUCACCGGAAGUAACAGAUAUGCAUUUGCUAAGAAUCUCACAGGAACUCCUUCCGGAUCAUUUCUCCGCUCUGCACCUUACUCUUGGGAUCAAACCAAGUAUUGCACAAGGUAUCCUAACGCAGAAGAUAAAUGACUAUCCAGAUACAUACAUGCACCUUCUGCAGCUGUGGAAGACAGAAUCCCAUAGGACCCUGAGAGACCUGGACCAGGUUCUUGUUGAGUCUAAGGCUGGUGGUCUUAGAUCCAAGUAUAAAUAAGAGCAAAAGUAGAACAUCUAAUUAC